ACAGCGGAUCAGGGGGAGCACUGGUCCCCAUCAGCCUGGACCCUCUCACUGCGGAUGAGCUGAUGGAGAAGAUGACUGGCGGAGCUGGGGAGCCUGGGCACGCCACUGCCCUCAACCUGCUGCCGAGCCGCGUCCUGCCAACUCCCACCGCUGCCCCCAGUGCUGAUGCAAAACAAACUUUCCCUGUUAAGAAAAAAACACCUACUCUAAAGCAAAUAAAUACGGCAAGGAAGCACCCGAGGCCCAAGCCCACCCUUCCAGGGCCCCCCCAGGCUGCCUCCUCAGCCAUCCCCCCCCCUGAGCUGCCCUGGGAGGUCCGAGCCACGACCAGCCACCCUGCGCUGCAGAUCUCCCCAUCCACCCUGCCGCCGGUGGUCCCACGGCCCUUCCCUGACAGCACGGGUGAUGCCGAGAGCGAGGUGCACGGCUCUGUGUCGGAAGAGAGCCAAGAAACCACCACGUCCACCAUCAUCACCACCACCGUCAUCACCACGGAGCCCACCCCGGUCCUCUGCAGCAUGAGCUUCCAUGACCCCGAAGGCUACAUCGACUCCACGGACUACCCGCCGCUGCCCCUGCACGGCUACCUGGAGUGCACCUACAACGUCACCGUCUACACGGGCUACGGCGUCGAGCUCCAGGUGAAGAGCGUGAACCUGUCUGACGGGGAGGUGCUCUCCAUCCGGGGGGUGGAUGGCGAGGCACUGGUGGUCCUGGCCAACCAGACCCUGCUAGUGGAGGGCCAGGUGAUCCGCAGCCCCACCAACACCAUCUCCGUCUACUUCCGCACCUUCCAGGAUGAGGUGGUGGGGACCUUCCAGCUCCACUACCAGGUGUUUAUGCUGAGCUGCAACUUUCCACGGAGACCUGACUUCGGAGACGUCACCGUGAUGGAUUUGCACUCGGGUGGAAUAGCUCAUUUUCACUGUCACCUGGGCUACGAGCUGCAGGGUCCCAGGGUGCUUACGUGCAUCAACGCGUCGAGGCCGCACUGGAGCAGCCCGGAGCCAAUCUGCUCAGCGCCCUGCGGCGGGACGGUCCACAAUGCCACCAUCGGCCGCGUCCUCUCACCCAGCUACACAGGGAACCAGUCGAGCAGCAUGUACUGCGUGUGGGCCAUUGGGGCACCCCCGGGCCAGAAACUGCACCUGCACUUUGAGAAGCUCCUGCUGACCGAGAAGGACAGGAUGGUGGUUUACAGCGGGGACACAAACCAGUCCGCUGUCCUCUACGACUCGCUGCGUGCCGACAGCGUGCCCUUCGAAGGGGUGAUCAGCGACGGCUCCUCCAUGAGGAUUGACUUCCUUGCUGAGGAGCCUGCAGCCGCCACGGCUUUCAACAUACGCUUUGAAGCCUUUGAGCGGGGCCACUGCUACGAGCCCUACAUCCAGAACGGGAACUUCACCACCUCCGACCCUACCUACAACCUGGGCACCACCGUGGAGUUCACGUGCGACCCUGGGCACUCCCUGGAGCAGGGCCCCGCUGUCAUCGAGUGUGUCAACAUGCGGGACCCGUACUGGAACGACACGGAGCCGCUGUGCCGAGCCAUGUGCGGGGGGGAGCUGACCGCCGUGGCUGGGGUGAUCCUGUCCCCAAACUGGCCGGAGCCCUAUGCAGAGGGGGAGGACUGCAUCUGGAGGGUCCAUGUCGGCGAGGAGAAGCGACUCUUCCUGGACAUCCAGCUGUGA